ACAGCAACGAGGAGGAUGACGCAUCCGAGCCCGAGGCAGAAGAUACGGUAGUGUCGGUGCCAAUCGCGGCAAGCCCCAAAGCCUCGUCCGAGAUCAACUCGCGCCGCAUCAUUGCCGCCUACGUGCAGCAGGUCGUAAAGCAAAUCGAGUCGGGAGAGUCGUACAACACGGCGCGGCUCAUGCGCGAGUUACGUCUCUUGGAGCUCGACGAUUUGGAUCUUGAAGACGCAGUGAACGCCGUCGCAGCAACGCUGGAAGCCAUGCCCAGUAUCAUUUCUGCCGACGACAACGACGGUGGCUCUGUGUACCGUCGACGAAGCAAGCCAGCGCCACCGUCUCCAACGCUCAAGGCGACGUU